UGUAGGUAUAUAAGAGGCGAUAGAGUGUUCUGCCUAUCAUUCGUUCGACAAAUCAAACAAGUCAACAUGAAGCUGUUCAUCGUCGCUGUUCUCGUUGCCGCUGCUUGCGCAGCUCCUUCCAGCUACCCAUCGUACGAGAAGAAGUACGAGAAGGACUACAAAUACCCAGAGAUCGUUGUCACCAGCCAGUCCGAUGAGCGCAACCUCGAUGGCAGCAGCCAAUGGAACUACGCCCAGUCUGACUACACUACCCGUGAAGAAUCCCAAGUCCAGAAGAAGAUGCAAGGAGUUAAAUACGAUUCUUACGGAAAGGCCACCUACGAGGAUGUUAUGGGCAACACCAACAAGGGAUCAUCCUACUGGAUCUCCCCCGAAGGCGAGAAAUUCACUUUGACCUGGGCUGCUGAUGAGGCUGGUUUCGCCCCUAAGGGUGAACACUUGCCCGUUGCUCCCGUCCAUGUCUACGAACUCCCAGUUGCUCCAGUCCAUGAGUACGAGCUCCCAGUUGCUCCCGUCCACGAAUACGUUCUCCCCGUCGCCCCCGCUCUCCCCUAUUCCCGCACCGGACCCGGUUAUUAAAUUAUUUAACUGCCAUUGACGCCCGAAUAUGAAUUCGAGCGAUGCCAUGUCUUGUUUAAUUAAUUUAUGUGAAAUACAAUAACGACCCUA